GGGGGCCGUGAAGCGUCGCCGCGAUUUGUCGCAAAGAGGUCGGGGGCAAUGUCGUGAGGCGCGGCCCGGCCCGGCUCGGCUCGGCUCCCUCACGUCUAUGCCCCCAGCCCUGGCGGCCGCCUGCUCCAUGUGGGGCCCGGGCCGGGCUCUCGGCUUCUCUCGUUCCCUUUCCUUCUACUAUGGCCCGGAAAACAGUUAGCAGGAAGCGGAAAGCGGCGGCGGCGACCGCCGCGGGGCCUGGGGGGCUCCAUGGGGAGCAGUAUGGGUGGGAUCACUCGGUUCACAAAAGGAAAAGGCUCCCCCCGGUGAAGCGGUCCCUGGUGUACUACCUGAAAGGUAGAGAGGUGCGGAUGCAGAAUGAGUCCAGCUACCACCGCUUGUUGCAUGGAUACGCAGCCCAGCAGCUUCCCAGCCUCCUCAAGGAGAGAGAGUUUCACCUUGGAACCCUUAAUAAAGUGUUUGCUUCCCAGUGGCUGAACCACCGACAAGUGGUGUGCGGGACAAAAUGCAACACAUUAUUUGUGGUAGACGUCCAGACUGGUCAAAUUACCAAGAUUCCUAUUCUGAAAGACCGUGAACCUGGAAUGGUGAACCAGCAGGGCUGUGGUAUUCACGCCAUUGAGCUCAACCCCUCAAGGACCCUUCUGGCCACAGGUGGAGACAACCCCAACAGUCUUGCAAUUUAUCGUCUGCCUACACUUGAUCCUGUCUGUGUGGGAGAUGAUGGACAUAAGGACUGGAUAUUUUCAAUUGCGUGGAUCAGUGAUACUAUGGCUGUUUCUGGUUCUCGGGAUGGUUCGAUGGGUCUCUGGGAAGUCACAGAGGAUGUGCUGUCUAAAAGCGAUGCCAGGCACAACCUGUCUCAAGUUCCUGUCUAUGCCCACAUAACACACAGGGCUCUGAAGGAUAUCCCCAAGGAGAACACCAAUCCUGACAACUGCAAAGUCCGAGCACUGGCUUUCAACAAUAAAAACAAGGAGCUGGGAGCUGUGUCCCUAGAUGGGUAUUUUCAUCUUUGGAAAGCAGAGCACACGCUAUCAAAGUUACUUUCCACGAAGUUGCCAUACUGCAGGGAGAACGUGUGUUUGGCUUACGGUCAGGAGUGGUCAGUGUAUGCUGUAGGAUCGCAGGCACACGUCUCCUUCCUGGAUCCGAGGCAGCCAUCUCACAACGUUAAAUCUGUCUGUUCCAAAGAACGAGGCAGUGGUAUUCGAUCAGUGAGCUUCUACGAACACAUCAUCACCGUGGGAACAGGGCACGGCUCCUUACUGUUCUAUGACAUCAGAGCCCAGAGGUUCCUGGAUGAGAAGCCCCCACGUGCCUGCUAUGGACAGAAGCAGAAAUUAGGAGGAAGUGAAAUUUUGAAGUUGACUACGGGAAAAGGUUGGCUGAAUCAUGAUGAAACCUGGAGGAAUUAUUUUUCUGAAAUUAAUUUCUUCCCAAAUGCUGUUUACACCCACUGCUACGACUCAUCUGGAACAAAACUCUUCGUGGCAGGAGGCCCCCUUCCAUCAGGACUUCAUGGGAAUUACGCUGGUCUCUGGAGCUAAUGAUAGCUCUUUACAAAUGCUGAUCUUUAUUUCCACCUUUCAUUUUCUUUCAUUUUUUAACAAUGAAGUUGUGUGAUGCCAUUGAGUUAUGAUUUAAAUGCAAGUUAUUUUUAGCAGAGUUUUCUGUUGGUCUCCAACAGUUUUAUACAUCCUUUUGAACCAGUUUUUGCUUUAACCUUCUCAAUCCUUUAUAUGAAGGGUUUUUGAAAUCCCUUUUUAUUAUAUUUGCUCCAAAUGACUUUUCCCUUGCAUUUAUGCUAUCUUGGCCAUGUGCCCUCUCCCCUACUUUGCUGUGAGGUAGGAUUCCUUUCUACUAGAGUGGUUGCUCCUGGGCUUUCCGUGAAAGUCUAGGGGCUGCGUGUGUGCAGGUACUUUGUGUCAGUUACAUUACCUGGAGCGAGGACUACUUGUAAUUAAAAAAUAUUAAAAAUAUUUAUAAGAGAUAAGCUACUACUUUAUCUGCAGAGCCUGGCCCUGGCCUGGGUUGAUCUUAUUUUUUAAAAGUACAAGUCUAAUGACACUGUUUAUAUGUAGAGGAAUACAGUAAUUUUAAGCUGUGCUCAUCAGAGCCCAGGGACAAAUUCCCCAGGGUAUUGCCCAUCAAGUCCAAACUGCAGAAGCACAGGAGUUCCCAGAAGUGCAUUUGCAUUUGAAUGGUAGUUUGCAGCAGUGCCAGGAGAAAAAAAAAAAAAAAGUCUUUUGUUCCUUUUCUGCCUGUCCCAGGUAUCAGCUUGUGCAGCUGGAGGUUGAGUAGGCUGUCCUGCAGCAUGGCAGGGUGACAUUACACUGAGGACCUGCAGAGGUGAUGAAAGGAAAGGGGGGGGGGGAGGGGGCUAGGGACGUGAUUUUUUUUUCUUUCUUGUCAUUAAAAAAACCAACUGUAUCUAACCAUUUUGCAGGUGAGACAAGGUUCCCAGGUGGCUCCCAGGCUUUCCUGUUGUAGCUCACGGGUUCUUUGUAGACUGCCUAAAACCCAAGAUCUCUUGUUUCAGAUUGUGGGAACUCCCCCCCCCCCCCCCUUUUUUUUUUUAAGCUGUUCAGGUUGUUAGCCAUCUCCUUUGAUAAACCAAUGGACUAUUGGCUUAUCAAUUGGCAAAUAAACUAUUUUUUUCUCUAAGGUUAAAGAGUUUGUCUCAGACUUGUCUAAUGCAGGCUAAGAGAUUACCAUGUAGCAAGAGAACUUGCUGUUAGCUCAUUGUUGCAUUACCAUCCCCGCUCAUCUAGCUUGCUGUAGGAGAAACUCAGUCUUUCCCUGGAGCCCCCUGCUGCCUUUUCCAUUUGAACCACCUUGAACUUCCUGUGGGACUGUGACUGGGGAGGAUAGGUCUGAUGCCUUUUGGGUCCAUCUGUGAAGCGUGUGCAUUCCAGUGUACAGUCUUCUCUACCACUUGGCUGAAAUGCAGGGCUCUGGGGUACUCCUCCUGGUCUUCUGGCAGCACCAGCAACUCUUGCCUUGUUACCGAUGCCUCUGUCCUCCGCUGGGAUGAAUGCCUGCCCCCUGCCCUCGUCACCUCUGGAGCAGCGUGCACCUUGCUGCUUUGGUGCCAAACGAGCACUUGGUUGAAGCUGAGGAGAAAAUACAAGGCUGGGACGUGCUCUGUUCUCCUGUCUCUGCUGGAGAUGACAGCACCGCAGGAGAGUAGCUCUGGUCGCUGAAGCUGUUCCUGCCAGGCUGACCAGAGCUAGUCUGGCAGUGUCCUUACGGUCUCUCUUGCCUCUGUGCAAGGUGUCUUCAUCAAUAACACCGGGCAGUGAGGCCCUGGCUUACCUGUUUGACUGAUGGGAUUACACAGUGUAACUGUCUAUUCCUGAGGGGGAGCAGAUCCUGCUUUAUCUCACAUCAGGCACCUGAAGGAGAGAAAACAACUAAUCAGACCUUCAGACCUUUUGUUCCUGCUGUUUGACCUUUCAGGAAUGUGGGAUCUUGUGCUGCUAGUGAGUGUAGGAAGCUGUUCAUUUUACCCCUCUACUUUAGAGUAGACCACCUUAUUAAUUUGGGUAUCACAUUUCCCAUAUUCAUUCUUACAUGCAAUCAAACUGGAGAUGAUUUAAUUACGGGUUCAGUAAUACCCAGCUUGUAUGUGCUGUGUAGCCACCCCUCGAUAACAACUGGGUGAUAUGUGAUGGACAUUCGCAAGGAAGCAGAAGCUACAGAGCAGUGCUAGUUUGAGCGUGGCAGUGGGGGUGCUGCUCAGCCUCUUGCCUGAACUCCGCGUUCCUGGUAACUGCUCCAGCUUUCCCCCUUGUGCAGUCAGCUCAGCCAAGGAGAAUUUCUGCUGCUCUCCCCCGGUGCUUCCUGGGACUGUUGUAAAGAAGCGAGUCCACUUGUUUGGUUCCCUCAUCAGUGCUGCUGAUGUUUGUGCUGAUGUUUGUGUUGGUCCAGGGUGAGUAAAUUACCAAAGAAUAGUUCCAUAGGUGUUUGUUCCUAGUCUCAGUUGUUCAUUUUCCCCCACAGAUCCAUUUUAAGAUGCUUUGCAAGAGCGCCCAGAGAGCCAACUGGAUUUAGUCUGUCCACAAAAGUUAUGUUCGUGUUGUGGGUGACUCUUGUGACUCUCUUAGUGAGGGAGACUACUGAAUGUCUUCAUGGGGAUAUCUUUGCUGCCUCCGUUUCAAGUCUUUGGCAGCUUUUUUGUAUUUUAAGGAUUAAUAUAUUUCUGUAUCAGUCACUCUGCUCUAGAAUUUCAUUCCCUUCCUUUGCCUAAGCACUUGCUUUGUAUAUAGCUUGCAGCUGCAGAGCUACAAGUUUUAAGUUGUGAUCCAGCUAUGUUAAGUGUUGGUUUGGUGUCUUAAUUUCUGCCCCUCAGCUGAGAGGCACUAAAUGACCUUGUGAAUGGAUGUCCCUCACCUGGUGCAGCUGUGAAAUAAAGCAGGCUUGCCUAGACUGCUUUUUGGAGGUUGCCUGCUUUGUCUGAUUGCAAGAAACCAAGAACAGAUUGGCCACGAGUCGCUGCAGCUCAGUUGUGCAGCAGCAUCUUUACAGCAGCCAGGUGGGAGCUCUGAGAUCUAUUUGUGGUGGUCUGAUACCCUUAUUUUCCAUAAACCUACUUCUUCAAGGUGUCGACGAGAUUCUUAAUUAGUUGAUGUUGCAAUUGCUGCUAUAACUCAGUCACUGAACAUGGGUACAGCUCAUCUCCAGGGAUGCUGUUGCAGGGCUGGGUGUGAUGCAGGCAGAGCAGAUUCUCCAGCCAGCCUGUGCUGAGCCCUGGACUGUCACGCUCCAUGCUCUCUGGCUUGAAGUUAAGUGAAAAUUCCCCUUUGUGCACUGUUGGUCACGCUGCAGCCCCAGCCCGUGGUGUGACCUCAACUUAAAAUGCAUUUCUGAGUGUUGCAGUGCUUUCAGUAGCUUAUCUUAAGGUCUCUGAAGCACAGACACCAGGAAUUUGUCCAUGUUGCAGACAAGAGGGUGGAAAAAAUACUGCCACGUCUCAUCUGAAAAUAUCUCCUUUGUGCUUUCCCUUGUCUUUGCAAGCAGUUGUUUCACUGUGGUGAGGAUGGGCAAGGGAGCACAAGAGGGGAAAAAAAGGUGAAAGCCCAGCCUAGUGGUUGGUAUUGGUCUCGGAACACCUGAGGAGCUUAAAAAUACAGAGGGGAUGCUUAUUCAUUGCUCAGGAGGUACUUGUAAAAGGGCUUAAUCAGAAAUGUUUUCAGAGGUCAAGUAGAUGUCCCUUUCAUUCUUGUUUUUUCCAUGUUAAUUUUUAAGGACUUAAAUUAGGAAGUAUGUUUUUCCUGUGAUGCUUGCUGGCUUUAUCAGAAACAUGUGGUGCUUGGCUAAUUAAAAACAGAAAUACUGUUGACAGAAAAGAAUCUUCCCAAUUAAAAACUGAAUGCCGUUUUCUAACAGCUUUUCCCUCUUGUGACCUGCUGGGAGCAGAACAGUCUAAGAAAGUGCACACAGACCUAACACAGGGUGCCAGGGCUGUUGGAGCUGUGAAAGUGGCUGCCACUUCUGGACUGUAAAAUCACCAAGCAAAACACUUGAUUCCAUACAAAAGCAUGGUUUCAGUCUAAUGGCCAGAGAGAGGUGUAUAUAAAAGCACUUGCCAGCAUAUAAUGAGAUUUCUCUAGUCCUAGAUGUUGAUUCUUUGACCUCAGAACAAAAAUCUAGGAGUCAAUACUUGGUUUUCUUAGGAACUGCUUUUUUACAUUCCCUUAUUAAAAGGGAAUAUUCAGGUGCUGAAUCUUAAUCUCAUUAAACUUGUACUUUUUAUUUGCCCAUUCUCCUGGUCUCCUUUCCUUUUCAAGGCCUCCCACAGUCUCAGGGUAUAUAAAUCACUGACUCAUCCAAAUAAUACCGAAAUGGACCAACCAGAGGUUAACGUGCCUUUCUCUUCUGGUACCUUGAUCUUUGUAAAGUUAUCUCACCAACUCAUCGCUGUCUUAGGGCUGGGUACGUGCAUUGUCUUUUUCUAAGAUGUAUGUGUUGAAGUUGCAACAGGUUUGUACUGUUAAUUGUGACUCGUUUAAUUUUGUUUUAGGAUGUGGUGUAGAUACAAAUCAACGGACUGGUUUGUCUUGGGAUUGGUCUUACCCGUGACAUCUAUCAGUGCUUGCUUGUUUGUUAAUGUGUACAAAUGCUGGAUCUUCCCCAUUGCCUCUGAUGUACUUGUAUAUGAUGCACAAACUGCACAAGGUGUUUUUAAAAUGUGUGCUGACCACAGCUUGUUGCCUGAGGGUAGCAUGUCCUACAGUGAACUGUUUUUAAUGUUUUUUGUUUUUUUUUUCCCCAAAUGUAUUUAAAGAUACAAAGCCAGGGAGGAGUGAGGAUCAGCACUCACUGACACUUGCUGGCUUUUGUUCUGAAUCCAGGUUCUGAUGUUAAUAACUCCUGCAACUCCACCCAUGUAACAGAGCCUUUCUCAGCUCGCUGUUUCUGUCAUGAGCGGUGUUGGAAGAGCACCGGAUCCUGAACUAUCACAGAAGCUGUCAAGUGAAGCAGAAACAGCUCUUUUCAAAUGUUAGAGUGUGUGUUUUUAGCUGUAAGGUAGAACUGUUUAAAGUUUUUGUUGCAGCUUGCAAACGGAACUUUGGGAAACUACCGAUAGUAGGGAAAACUACCGUGUCCACACGUGGGGCUCAGUGUUCAGAGUUACCUUGUGAACUUUUUCUUCUGAAAAGUGAUUUUUUUUUUCUUCCCAAGACAAAGGCAUGACAUGUUUAGCUUUGUCUUCUGAAUUGGCAAAUGCUGUCUUUUGGUUUUUAAACUAACACGUGGAGUUUGGGCCAGGUUUCUGCCUCUUCUGUAGGUAGAGGAUGGUAUGAUGGAUAGCGUAUGUCUAUUCCCAGUUGUUGAGCUUAAUCCGUUUAUAAGAACAUGGAAACAGGAACACUUCUUUGCUUCCUGUUGCCCAAAAUGGGCUUGUAUAUCCAUAACUAACUGAAGUUAAGUACUGAAUUGAUCCACAGGACUACCUUUGUCUUUAGAAGCAGCAUCGCUAGUCAUCGAGCUAUUGGCAUUACUAUGCUGCCAAGGAGCACUGAGGUUAGUGUGUGUACUGUUCUAGCGGUGUGUGUUCUUGUAACCACAGUGCGUAUUUAAACUGGAGUUCUUUUUGUUCUUGUUGAGUUUCUUCAAAUCUAGAAGAAAUCUUUUUAUCAUUCACUUUGCAGAGUAGAACAGAUUGUUCUGUCUACUUUGUAAUCCUCAGCACUUUCCUCUUCUCCCAUUUCUUCUCUGUUCACUUCUAAAAUUGGUUCAAAGCUGCUAGCCUAGUCUGAAAAGUACCAAGUCAUAAUGAAAAGAAAACCAACAGCCCACUGUUCUUUCACCAUAAACUUCGGUUUCUGUCUGGCUGACUUGGAUGUGGAGACUCCACUUCUGCAAAGCCUGAAAUUCUCACAUACCUGUAUUGUUAAGUGGAUGUCAGCAGAUCACAAGGUGGAGGUGCCCAGCACCAGCACCUCUUUCAGUUGGUUAAGACUGAUCCAGUGGUGUGUUAGUCAGCCAGAGAACUGGUAUGCGUGGCCAAUCAACAACCAAAUAACAUCCAUGUUACUCAGCAUCAUAGCUAAAAAUCCUUUGAGGGCAAAGGCAGGGAGGUACAUCACUGGCUUACUGCUGACUUCUAAUCCCAUUUGAAGUCUUUUUCCACAUACUCUAUCAUGUGGAUUUGAUGGAUUGUGGAAAAAAUUGCUAUGCUAUGAGCUGAACUUGUAGCCCUGUGCUCAGAAGGCAACACCUGUUAUUAGCUUUAGCUAGCAGUAAUACCAAGGGCUGGCUAUGUGUAGAUGAGCUGAUGUUUGAGCAGUGGAAGCCUUGAGGUUUUUCUUUGUGCUUUUAAAACUGGAACUGAUCCCAGAACAUAUGAAACUGCUAGUCAUUCAUCUCAGGAUGAGCUGUGAAGAUGGCAUGGGGAACAACCCCAGUCACCCUCUUCCCUCAUCCAUAAAGGUUACCAGUGCACUUGUCUUAUUUCCAUGGUUGACUACGAACACUGUGCUUUGCUGCCACCAGCCACCUCCGUGUGCUUCCUGCUGGGAUGGAGCCUGCAGCUUCAUCCACCUGGUCGCUCACUCGGUCAGCAUGAGCUGUAUGUGUGGGGUGUGCCAGGCCAGCUGGGCGUUAUAGCUUCAGCUGAUUGCUCUGUGCUUCUCUUACAACGCAGGUGAUAGUAGGACCAGUACAGAAAGGCCCGGAUGAGAAACUUCUACCAGGCUCUGUCUCUCUUGUUCAAAACGCUUUGUCUCCCUUCUUGCCACCUUCUGCCCCUUGGGACAUGAGCAAGUUCGCUGUUGUGUCCUGGCUUACCAUGUCUGCCAAGUCCAGGGGUGAGCCCUGCUGCAUUCUGAGACAUCUGCACUUGCUCAAACAACACCUUGCUGAAUUGUUUGCUGUCUGCCUUUUCAUUUAACUCAGCCCUGGAUGUCUCCCUGAGCUGGUAUCCUCCUUUCAGCCCAAAGGGCUUUGCUCCAAACUCAUUAGUGUGCCAUGAAGGAGCUGAUUCCCAUAAUGCUGGUUAUUUCAGUUGGGUGGCUUUUUUUCUUUUUUAUUCUGGGGUUCACUGCAAGUAUACAAGAUCCUACUGACUUCUCAGCUCUCUCCUGAACGUGGUACAGGGGCCCACCCAGGUGAAACAUCAGGAUUUUGUUGACUUGUAAGAUGCACAGAAACAAGUCUCUCCUAAACAUUUUUUUGGGGAGGAAAAGCAGCUGCAUACACACAAAUGGAAAGGUAUCUCUGUGCAGAAUAGGUGAGGGAGCAGUUUAAGAAUUUAAAAUAGAACAGAUUACCUUUUUUUUUUUUUUUUUUUCAAAUUACUUUAACUGGAGUUUUGGCUGUGUUCAAAUUCACAGAAAGUUGCAAUGUUAACUGGGGGUUUCUGUUCAUCAAUACAAAAUGUGCCUCUCAACUAUAAUGCAAAAGUCAGUCUCUGUCUCACUUUGUUUGCGAUGCAAGAAGUUUAACUGAAGACUGAUUUAAUUCUUGUUUCUUGCUCUUAGCUGUUAUCAUCCAUACACCAGUCCUUGCUGGUCUUACCCAAGCACCAUACAGCACCAUCCCUGUUUAAAAGCAAAAGGGGAAUUGCAUUGAGCAGUGGAACCUGAUGAACUUCCUUGCUUUAGAGAGACACUGGAGAGAAGAGACCAGGUUCCACAUGUUAUAAUUACAACUAAACCAAUGCAGCUACUCUCUCAGAUCAGCACCACUUCCUACUUUUCCCUCUGUUAGAUGGGAAUACAAAAGCAAACCCAGCAAUACGUGAUCCAGUUGACGUGCUCGUUCAUAGAAGGUGGGAUCUUUGAAAUACAAAGACUGAGAUCUCCAGUUGUGUGGAAGAGCUCAGUAUGGGUGCAAGAGUUUGGAUCUCUGAUUACAGCUCUUCUGCCAGCUUGCUAAAUGCAAUCAAGUACUCUGGACUCUGCUGAAGACUGUGGUAGAAGAGCUGUGGAGGUGUAGGCUGGAACUGAUCUUUUUAGGUCACCUCUGUGUUGCUUGACUACAUGGACAACGUAACAGUGAUUUUUACAGAUCGCUUUCCAUCUGUCAGUCACAACUCUUAAUUUACUAUUUGGGGGAAAACUGUUAAUAGAUGCAUUUCCAGAUCAAACCAAGAGCCUAACUUUCCAUCUUGCAUUAACCGGGUUACUGUGUUCACAUGCCAGAAAGAUGUUGCUCUUUGAAAAAGCAUGUUAGUGUAUGUGGCAACGACCCAUGCACUUUUUAAAUACCGAAACCUGUAUAUUCUCACCUGAGUAUCGUUAACCAUGCUGUAGUCUGACAAAUGGAUCUUUUACUACUGCCUUGUUAUAUAGAUAAUUGUAAUUAACUGCAGUUUGUUUUUCCACUACUUGAAGUUGUGUGAUCUGAAAAACUGGUGAACAAAAAGUAUUUGUGCAUCUUACUAUGGGUAUCUCUAAAUAAAAUGUAUUUGUAUAGUG